ACAUGCAAAACAAACUGAUGGCUAGCCUGGGGAAGAAAAUCCGUUCUAGUUCUAGUCGCAGUACGUACUAGCUAGCUAGGGAUGGAAGGAGGUUUGCUGGCCAAUAAUCCAUCAUCAUAUGCACUUCUAUGUUGUGUUACGGUGGGGAUUGCAUGGUUACUUCACUGGGUUUACAGAUGGGUGUGUCCCCCAUGCAAGGGGAGACUUCCUCCUGGCUCCAUGGGCUUCCCCGUUAUUGGCGAGACGCUCCAAUACAUGAAACUUAGCCCUUCUAUCGACAUCCCGAGCUUCUUCCGCCAACGACUGAAGAGUUGCUAUAUAUAUAGGUACGGCCCCAUGUUCAAGACCUGCCUGGCGGGGCAGCCUAUCGUGGUUUCCCUUGAUCCAGAGUUGAACCGGUUCAUCUUCCAGCAAGAGGGCAAGUUGUUCCGAAUUUGGUACCCGCAGACAGCAAACACAAUAUUCGGCAAGAAGAGCAUCACCACAUUCACAGGUCCCGUCCACAAGUUCAUCCGCAGUUUUGCGUCCAAGCUUUUUGGCCCUGAAAACAUCAAGGAAUCGCUCAUCCAUGAGCUAGAGGAUGCCAUGAAGCAGCACUUCGCAGCAUGGGCUGCCAAGCCUAGCGUCGAGGUGAACGAUGCCAUCGCAGAUAUGAUUUUUGGUCUUGUGGCCAAGAAGAUCAUCGGCAUCGCUCCUGAGGAGUCAAAAGAGUUGAGGAAGUAUUACGAUGACUUCUUCAAUGGGGUGCUAUGUUUCCCCAUAUACUUUCCUGGGACUACAUUUUACAAGUGCAUGAAGGGGAAGAGAAAUGUGGAACAAAAAUUGACUCAACUCCUGAAGCAUAGGCUAAGUACACCUGAGAAGAAACACGGCGACCUUCUUGACCUCCUUGUUGAAGAACUACGAAGUGAAAAGCCACUGAUAGAUGAGGUUUUUGCUAUAGAUACAUUAUCUGGGCUCUUGUUUGGCAGCUUCGUAACGAUAUCAGGAACCCUCACCGUAGGACUUAAGUUGCUCAAAGACAACCCUGAAGUUGUCGAAACGCUCAAGGAGGAGCACGAAGCAAUAUUGAAGAAACGAGAAGACAGGAAUUCUGGGUUCACAUGGCAGGAGUACAAGUCCAUGACAUUCACUGCUCAGGUUAUGAAUGAGAUUACAAGGAUCAGUAAUAUUGCACCUGGAAUUUUCAGGAAAACUCUAACAGAUGUGCAAGUGAAUGGCUACACAAUCCCUGCCGGGUGGCUAGUUAUGAUUAGCCCUAUGGUGGGUCAUCUAAACCCAACGCUAUUUGAGGAUCCACUCAAAUUCAAUCCAGGGAGGUGGACGACACAGGACAAGGAAAAACAAAGCAUUCAGCAGAGGAAUUUGAUGCCAUUUGGAGGAGGCAUAAGGCUUUGUCUUGGGGCAGAGUUUGCCAAGCUUUUCAUUUCACUUUUCCUCUACGUUCUAGUGCCAAACUACAGAUGGAUUGAGAUAAAAGGAGGAGAAGUAUCACGCGUUGGGGAGAUGGUGGUUCCUCACGGCUAUCAUAUCCAACUCCUUCCUAGGACCUAAGAUAAUUUAUCUACAGUUUCCACCGUGCAUAUUUGAGCUUUGAUCCAUCCAAUAACUAGUGUAACGAGAGAGUGUGAGGUUAACACUUUCUUUCUUGCUGUAUAUCAAGUGUGUUUGAGAACACAUUUUAUGCUUUUCCUCCCUAAUUUGUGUGUAUGUCUAAAUAAAGGGGAGCAGCUAAUGCACGGCUGCCCGUGCUAUUAUCAUGCUGCACACUCCAUUUCCAGAAAGCAUAUAUAUCUUCACCGGUUAAUUAGCGAUCUUUCCUAUUUU